CUCUUUCCCUCUCUGAGUCGCAACUCGAACCAGGUGAUGAAACCCUCUUCAUUGGAAAAAUCCAGUUCCUGGGAGCCAUCGCUCUCUCUAGUCCCGUUGCUUUGAGGUUUUACUAAAAGCGCUUCUGUCGAACCGAUCGCGUUGGUUUUGGGGCCAUUUUUUCUAAAGCUAAGAGCUCUCUCUCUCUCUCUUUCACACUCUCUUCUUAAAGCCCACGAACGUCAUUUCAUCUACUCUCUGUCACUCACUAACUCUCGCUCUCUCGCAUAAAUCCGUUCUGUUCCUGCUGUGCAAUCUGGAAUAACCUGUUCUGCUCAUACACUAUCUUUUGUCUGUGAAAACCAAUCUAGGAAACCACCGUGUAACCAUGCUGUCCCCCUAAUUCCUUAAACUGCCCUGGUGUUUUCCGGCGGUAUCAACCAGAGAAUGGCGUAUAUGUGUGCCGACAGUGGAAAUCUAAUGGCGAUCGCUCAACAAGUCAUCAAGCAGCAACAGCAGCAACAGCAACAGCAGCAGCAGCAACAACAGCAACAACAAAUCCUUGGCGUCAACCCUUUCUCCCUGAACCCAUGGACCGGCACCCACCAACCUAUCUCCAAUUCUUCCUCCGUAUAUGGUCUCACCAGCGCCGGAUUCUCUGACCCAUUUCCGGUGGCCGAAACCAAUGAUACGGGAGAAACGAUGCUAUCGUUUCCCCAGUUAGAAGAGCACCACCAUUCUACCGGGUUCAGAUUCUCCGAUUUGGGUGGCAGCACGGUUGGCGAUUUCGAUUCGGACGAAUGGAUGGAAAGUCUAAUGGGAGGUGGAGAGUCGACGGAGAGCUCAGAGCUUCCUUCCGGCUGCAACGCUUGGCACGGCAAGGCCGAAAUCUCUCUCUAUGGUCGCGAUCCCUUCCUCCCCUGUUCGAGUCGACUCAACCUCUCAUCACCAUCCCCUCCCACCGAUCUCAAUCGGGUUCUCUUCUCGGACACCCCAAAGAACCCCACCGCGCUGCAAGCCCAAAUGCCUACAUGGGGCCCAUCUCUACCUCCGCCGUCGUUGCCACCACCACCACCAGCGGCGGUUGACAACUCUCUACCAGACAAUCAUCUGGCGCUGACCCACAGUAAAAAUGACGUCGCCAGCAUCCCAGCUCAGUCACCAGAAAGCGAGUCGGCCUCGCCCCUGCUGAAAUCCCUACUCGAUUGUGCCCGAGUGGCCGAUUCAGAACCGGAACGCGCCGUGAAAUCACUUGUUCAACUCCGAAAGCCGGUGUUCGAACAGGGUACUCCAACGGAGCGAGUGGUGUAUCAUUUCGCAGAAGCUCUUUAUAGUCGGGUGUCUUCGAAAACUGAGAAUACCCUUCCUACGUUUGAGAUGUCUCCCGAAGAUUUCACUCUCUCUUACAAGGCAUUAAACGAUGCCUGCCCUUACUUGAAAUUCGCCCAUUUAACUGCAAACCAAGCGAUUCUCGAAGCCACAGAAACUGCAACUCGAAUACAUAUCAUAGACUUCGGAAUCGUCCAAGGAGUUCAGUGGGCAGCUCUCCUCCAAGCUCUAACGACACGAUCCGCCGGAAAACCUUCGAGAAUCCGAAUCUCCGGAAUCCCGGCACCGGCACUUGGGAAAUCGCCGUCGAUGUCUUUGUUUGCCACCGGCAAUCGUCUCCGCGAUUUUGCGAAGCUUCUCGAUCUGAAUUUUGAGUUUGAACCCAUCUUGACUCCGAUUUCGGAACUGAACGAAUCGAGUUUCCUAGUUGGUUCGGACGAGGUUUUGGCUGUGAAUUUCAUGCUUCAGUUGUAUAACUUGUUGGACGAGACAUCAGUAGCAGUCGAGAAGGCUCUGCAACUGGCGAAAUCCCUGAGCCCCAGUGUACUGACGCUGGGAGAGUACGAAGCGAGCUUGAACCGGGUCGGUUUUAUGAACCGGUUCAAAUACGCGUUAUGGUAUUACUCUGCGAUUUUCGAGUCGCUGGAACCAAGUUUAGGAAGAGACUCGGCUGAACGGUUCCAAAUCGAGAAGGCACUGCUUGGUAGACGGAUCACCAAUGUGGUUGGACCAGAAGAAGGUCCGACCAGACGAGUACGGAUGGAGGAGAAAGAGCAGUGGAAGAUUUUAAUGGAAAGCUGUGGUUUUGAAUCCUUAUCACUCAGUCAUUACGCUGUGAGCCAAGCUAAAAUUCUACUUUGGAACUACAAUUACAGUUCUAUGUACACUCUAAUGGAAUCCCCACCUGGGUUUCUUUCGCUUGCCUGGAACGAUGUUCCCCUUCUUACUGUUUCGUCAUGGCACUGAUGGGUUUUAACCUUAAUAUAGAUUGCUUGUUUGCAAAUUCCACCUGGGUUUUUUUUCUCCCUCUGGUGUGGAAAUUUCUGCUUUAAGCAAAAAUCGCC